AUGGCUUCCGAGACGGGUAGCGACGAGAAGAAAGCCAUCCCCGUUGACCUGCAGAACCGACGGGUCUCACUUGAGGCUGCCGACGUUUACCAUGUCGCCGAACAUGGAGGGGAUAGGCCACUGGUGCCGACGCCGACCAGAGACCCUCUUGACCCCUUGAAUUGGUCCAAGUGGCAAAAGUCCAUCAUCAUCGCAAUUGUGUGCUACUUUUACUUCCUCCUUACCUACCUCACCACCGCUCCGGUGCCCUCCUUCUCCCUGCUCGAGGAACAAUUUGAUGCUUCGUACAAUCAGGUCAAUUGGUCAUUCGGCAUUUCGGCCUUCGGCCUUGCCUUUGGCCCUCUCCUCACAGCAUCGGUCGCAGAAACAUAUGGACGCCGAGUUGUCACCAUCGUUUUCACAGCCGCAGCCGUGCUCGCCAGCGGAUGUGCUUCCAUCCGAGGACAGUCAAUCGGUCAAUAUAUGGCGGCAAGGUUCUUCCAAGGGUUCGCAGCUGGCCCGGCCGCCAAUGUGGGCCUUGUCAUCAUCAAUGACAUUUCCUGGGAGCAUGAACGCGGCCUCCGGAUUGGUCUGUGGGCCAUGUCUGCAAAUCUGGGCAGUGUCUUGGGGGGAUUCUUUGGCGGAUUUCUGGCCUCCGUGAACCAAUACUGGGUGGCCUAUCAUGUCACAAUGGCCUUCGCACUCCUUUUUCUCUUGGAGCUAUUCUUCCUGCCAGAGACACAAUACCCUCGCGCCAAGGUGGUCGCUUUUGAGCAAGUACAGGAUCAGGCCGUUGCUCGUGGUGAGAACGCGGAAAACAUGACAUUAGACAUCAAGAGAACACGGCAGCUCCCAUGGAUGAACGUUCGAAAGAUCCCAGGUGUGGUCCACCCGAAACCGUGGGAAUCGCUGAUCACCUUCUGUAAACUUUGGACGUAUCCCAACCUGGUUGCAAGUGUCUGUGGAUACAUAUUCUUCCAUUAUUGGUGGAUCGUAACCCUGCUGUCCAUGAUCCCGGCGGCAUACUUCGAGUACAAGAUUCAGAUCCAGGGCUUGUUUUUCACAGGAGCCUUGAUCGGAGUCAUCCUAGCCGAGAUUUUCUGCUCCGGGCAUGUGAGUGACCGAAUCGUGGCUCGUCUUGCCAAAAGGAAUGGCGGCCGAAGAGUACCGGAAAUGAGACUCUGGCUGGGUUACCCUGCAGCAAUUCUCUCCUCCAUCGGUCUGGCCGUCUGGGGCGCCUCAGUACAAUUGAGCUGGCACUGGAUUGUCGGUCAAGUCGCCCUUUGCAUUUUUGCCAUCGGUCUCCAGGCGGGUAAUACAACCUUGUCAACGUACAUCGUCGACUCUUAUCCGGAACACGCAAUCGAAGUGAUAACAUUCUAUUCCGUCAUCAUCAAUAUGUCCGCAUUUAUUGCGCCUUGGUACAUUUACGACUGGGCCGACGCAGUUGGUAAGAAGUUCUCCAGCUGA